CUAGUUUGAUUCAAAAAAGUCAAACUGGACUAAUAACUGAGACGGAAAAGUUUAUUUUAUCAAAUAAUUAAUUAAAAUUCACAAAUAAAUGAAAAAGUUCUCGUGAUCUUUAAAUUCUGAAUUAUGAAAAUCUUUUUGGGCAUAAUUUUGAGAAAAUUUAAAUGCAAGGGGGAGCAUGUGGCUACGGGGACUUGUACAAGACAGGUUACGGUACAAGCAUUGCAGCACUGAGUACCACUCUUUUCAACGACGGCUUAGCUUGCGGCUCAUGUUACGAGCUCCGGUGCACCGGCCGGAACUGCGUGCCGCCGGGCGGCAUCACCGUCACCGCCACCGACCUCUGCCCGCCGAACCCGAGCCUGCCCAACGAUGACGGCGGCUGGUGCAACCCUCCACGGCCACACUUCGACCUGUCCCAGCCCGCCUACUUGCAAAUCGCCAUUUAUAAGGCCGGAAUUGUCCCUGUAAUUUACCGCAGGGUACCAUGCAAGAAAAAGGGCGGAAUGAAAUUCACGAUGAAGGGGCACAUGUACUUUAACUUAGUGUUAGUGAGUAACGUUGGAGGGUCAGGAGACGUCCGCGCACUAAAAAUCAAGAGGUCGAAAACAGGGUGGCUACAAAUGUCAAGAAAUUGGGGGCAAAAUUGGCAAAGUGAUGUGGUCUUGAUUGGGCAAAGCCUUUCAUUUGAGGUCACAAUAGGUGAUGGAAGUACACUUAUAAACAAGGAUGUUGUGCCUUCUAAUUGGCAAUUUGGACAAACUUUUGAAGGGUCUCAAUUUUGAUAUCAAACACUACCGUGUAUUAUAAAAAAAAAGAAGAAUAAGCAAAAAUGAAUGAUGUAUCUAAAUACAUAAGACUGAAAUAAAAAUAUAAUCAAUAUUACAAUACAACUCCUUGUAUUUUUAUUUCUUAAAUAAAAGGCGUUAAAAUUAUAAACGCUUGUAAUUUCG